UUUUCAUCUCUACACCUUGCAACAUUUUGUAUCAUCCCCCCAUGAAAAAAAUGGCACCAUCACUUUCAACACCAAUGAAAUUCUUGGCCCUCUCAAUGUUUUUUAUAUCCAUCAUUUAUCAAGAUAAUGCUCAAUUUCCUACACCUAACCCUAAUCAAACAACCAUGGUGUUCUACCUACAAGACCUAGCAGCAGGGCCUAAUGCCACAGUUGUUGCCCCAGUGGCUGGCAUCAAUGGAAGAGUUUGGAGCUUCACCACAUUUGGAUCCAUAUUUGUGGUGGAUUUCCCAGUCACACUGAGCAUAAGCCCAACCUCUGAGCUGGUGGGCCAGGCCCAAGGCCUGCUCGUAGCCUCAGCCCUUGAUGGGGCUAGUGUGAAUGUUGCCCUUUCAAUUGUGUUCAACAAUUUGCAGUACAAUGGAAGCACCUUGGAGCUCCAAGGUAUUAGCCGUCGGCAUGAGAAUUAUAGAGAGGUCUCUGUUGUGUCUGGCACUGGCAAGUUCCGCUUUGCAAGAGGCUAUGCUGUGUUGGAAACUGCAUUUUUUGAUAUCUCACGCUCCACCCUUCGCUUGACUAUUACUAUACAAACUAAUUGAGAAAAUUAAGUCAUGUAGUAUGUGGAUAAUAAAUGGUUGGUUGUAUGAGAAUAAUCUACGUGUUAAACCGGCUAUUUUGAUUAUGUUAAAA